CCUGCAAGAAGAAGAGGUCUUGAUCCGUAAGCUCUACAGAGAGCGGAAUUCGAUUCUAGAGAGGAAGGGUUUUAGAGGGAGAGUGAGGGGGGAGAAACUGAGGAAGUGAAGGGAUUCGAUUGUUGAGUGGAGUGAUUGUGAGGUUGGAGAGGGAGAAGAUGGCGUCACGGUCCAGUAAUAACAGCAGGACACGCGUGGGGAAGUACGAGCUGGGUCGGACCCUGGGCGAGGGAAAUUUCGCCAAGGUCAAGUUCGCUCGGAACGUCGAGACCGGAGAGAAUGUGGCAAUCAAGAUUCUCGACAAAGAAAAGCUUCUCAAGCACAAGAUGAUCGUCCAGAUUAAACGUGAAAUCUCAACUAUGAAACUGAUAAGACACCCAAAUGUUAUCCGUAUGUACGAGGCAAUGGCUAGCAAGACGAAGAUAUACAUUGUUUUGGAAUUUGUGACUGGCGGAGAACUUUUUGACAAAAUUGCAAGUAAAGGGAGGUUGAAGGAAGAUGAAGCUAGAAAGUAUUUUCAGCAACUUAUCGAUGCUGUGGACUACUGUCAUAGCAGAGGCGUAUUUCAUAGAGACCUAAAGCCAGAGAAUUUACUGCUGGAUGUUAAUGGAGUUCUUAAGGUUUCAGAUUUUGGAUUGAGUGCGCUACCACAACAAGUUCGAGAAGAUGGGUUGCUCCAUACAACAUGUGGUACGCCAAAUUAUGUUGCUCCAGAGGUGAUCAACAACAAAGGCUAUGACGGAGCAAAGGCAGAUCUGUGGUCAUGCGGUGUGAUUCUUUUUGUCUUAAUGGCUGGCUAUUUACCUUUUGAAGAAUCCAACCUCGCAGCAUUAUAUAAAAAGAUAUUCAAGGCUGACUUCACAUGUCCCCCAUGGUUCUCCUCAAGUGCAAAGAAACUAAUUAAAAGAAUUCUGGACCCUAGUCCCUCAACACGGAUUACAAUUGCUGAGGUCAUUGAGAACGAGUGGUUUAAGAAAGGAUACAUGCCGCCUAGUUUUGAGGAACCUGAUGUCAGUCUUGUCGAUGUGGAUGCUAUCUUCAAUGAAAUAGGAGAUUCCAGAGAGCUUGUUGUUGAGAGGCGGGAAGAAGGGCCCGUGGCACCAGUCACCAUGAAUGCAUUUCAGCUCAUCUCUACAUCUCAGGGCCUCAACCUCAGUAGUCUCUUUGAGAAGCAGAUGGGCUUUGUUAAAAGGGAAACAAGAUUCACAUCCAAAUCUCCUGCUAACGAGAUAAUCUCAAAAAUUGAGCAAGCAGCAAUGCCUCUUGGUUUCAAUGUAAAGAAAAGUAACUUCAAGUUGAAGCUUCAUGGUGAAAAAACUGGACGUAAAGGUCAUUUAGCUGUGGCAACGGAGAUUUUUGAGGUGGCGCCUUCACUCUACAUGGUUGAGGUUCGCAAGUCUAGAGGAGAUACACUAGAAUUUCACAAGUUCUAUAAGAGUCUCGCAGCUGGGCUGAAAGAUAUUGUUUGGAAAACUGAUGAUGAAUCAGAGGCAAGAAAAGAAGAUGAAGGUGUUGUAGCAUCUGGAUAAGGGGUUGUUUCAUCUGGCAUUUAUGUUGUGAUUGUUUUCCCUGAGCUUCCGGUUGAAAUUACUCGAAUUGAUAUAUUAUGGUUUGCAGUGUUGCAUCUUGAGUGUGUCGUCUUGAUCACUUGGCCCUCUGAUUCUGAACUGGGUUCUUAAGACACUGUGGAUGUUUCUUCUUUGUUCAAUUGGGUAUCAUCUCUCUCUUAUAUUUUUGUGAAAAAAGUUGAUGUACCCAAUUGUGGUUGGGAUUGGAGUAUUAAGUUGGUAUUACUUCUCA